GCUACUCGAAAGGACAUCUGUUGAAUGGAUUUCUGUAAUACGCGCAGUAUAUGAUUGCUUUUUGAUUCUGCAAUGUAGGCUACGCCGCGUACCACACGCAUGUUGACGUGUCUUGUUGUCAACAAGCUAGCAUUGCAAAUUUCGUCCGCGCGACGCCUUCCAAAUGAUCAACAACGACAUACCACGGUCCAUCUACUCGAAAGCGGUUAAUAAUAGCCUAAUAAUCACAAUAAUAAGAGCUAAUAAUAAUAAUGAUAAUAGGCCUAAUGCGCUAAUUCAGCUGUGCAGCGUUUAUUUUGCCUAUCGAUUCCUCCCGCACUUAGACUCUUUAACUUUUUAAUACCACCUCGUUUCCUUGGAGCGCAAGCUCCGAGCCUGCUAGGACUUCGCCGUGAUCUCCGCCAGAAGCAGGCUUUCAGCGGCGAUGGACACAGUAGUGACCGAUACGCGUCAGCUGAUAGCCAGUCAGCAGCCGUAUUUAGGCCAUUCAGAUCAGAACUCUGUGUUAUUUUGUGCCAUUUACGCGUAAGGAGCUUAUCUAAUGCCAGAUGCAACAUGCAGCCUUUCGACAACAAAGUCUGAAUCUCGGUGUAUACUGCUGAGAUAGAAAUCAGAAAGGGGGGGAGAAAAGUCACACGCGUAAUAAUAGCUAUAGCCUAGAGGACUGCACAGCUACCGCUUUCUUUCUUUUUUUGACAAGUUCCACAUGACACGAGGUUGCGAUACAUCAAGACCAGGGGGAAGCAGAGUUCUUAUGAGUUGAAGCGGAAGGUUAGAGGCAAGACUUCUGUUGUGGUGGUGGGAGCGCAGCGGCGGGGUUCGAGAGAAGGACCCCCUCUCCUCUCUCUCUCUCUCUUUCGCGUUUCGGUUUGCCGAUGUGCACUGCCGCUGCGCGGACUUGAUGGCGAAGAUCAGGGUAUCGUACGAGUACUCGGAGGCGGAGGACAAAAGCAUCAGACUCGGUCUGUUCCUGAUCGUUUGCGGCAUCCUGUCGCUGUUCAUCCUCUGCUUCUGCUGGCUCAACCCCACCCUGCAGAACAUGCAGAGCAAGCCGGCGAACUGCACCGUGAUCUCCGUACGACGCGUGGAGGAGAUGUUCGAGUGCGUCUUCACCUGCGGGACGGAUUGCAAGGGCACGUCGCUGUACCCCUGCCUGCAAGUGUUCGUCAACAACUCGGAGUCGAACUCCAUCGCUCUCCUGCACUACAACGAACAGCAACUGGUGCUGAACCCCAAGUGCUCCUACGUGCCCCCCUGCGAGAGGGACAACCAGAAGAACAGGGACAGCGUGCUCCAGUGGCAGGACUACUGGUCCGGGGAGGGAAGCUCUCAGGCCUUCACCUGCUUCUUCAACCAGCAGCGCAGGCCGGAGGACGUGCUGUAUAAGGCGUCGGACCACGAGCGCGUGCUGCUGCAUUGCAUCCUGUGGCCAAUCGUGAGCCUGCUGGUGGGCACGCUCAUUGUGCUCCUCACCAUCUGCGCGCGCAGCCUGGCGGUACGAGCCGAGGCCCUGCAGAAGAGGAAGUUCUCCUAGAGGCCUGCAGGGGGCGCCCGCACACCUCCCUCCACCCCAGGGGGGCCCACCCGCUGCAGAGACGGACAAGGGCGAAUGGUAUGCCCACCACCCCCCCCUCCCUCCCUCAACCCACCAAAACUGUUCACCCUCCUCCCUGCCGCCCAACCGCCUACCGCCUGGUCCAAAGGGGCCGUGGCACGGCGUCCCGGCGCCCACGUCUGGUGGCGCGGGAUG